AUGAUCAAAGGCGAAGAAAAGACAGCGCAGACCAUUCAAGUUUCGAUCCGCUCAAAAAUGGAAAACGCAGAUGACGAAACAAAAAAAUACCAAGAUUCCUGCUCUGGGAAAAUGCGACGGCAGGGAUCAGUGAAAAAACUUGAUUUAAAGAAAGUUGCUGAGCUCUUACGGGAAGUUUUAAUUGAUGAGAAACCUCAUUUCAGAUAUCAACUUAGUAAGUCGUCAAAAGAGGCGGCCAGGGAGAAAUGGACGGAUGUUCAUGGAGACUCUAACAUUUUUGACGCGGCUGAAAAAUAUUUAUGUAUCGAAACGGACCGCUUGAGGGAAGUCUUGGAUAACUUGAACAAUGUUGAAACAAACAUAUAA